AAAGGACACGGAGUCAGUCAGCGAUAACGUUCCUUCAAGAUGGCAGAUAGAACCCUGGUAGCGGUUUUGGUAGCCCUUAGUGCCGUUGCUAUUUAUGGUGGUCCAACCUCUUCUCCUAUUCAUACAGCUAGAUGUUUAGUUAACGGGACGUACUACAGCCCGGGAGAAAGCUUCCAGAGAGAUCCGUGUUCCCCUUGCUUCUGUGGAAACAAAGGCCAACCUAUCUGUGCUAUCACAGACUGUUUCUUCAUUCCGUGUGUAAAUCCUGUCAACGACCCUACCAAGUGCUGUCCCAUAUGUCCCGACGGACCUAACUGUCGUGUUGGAAAUGUGACUAUUUCUAGUGGAAAAGACCACGUUGUUGGUGCCAACACUUGUCGUUGUACAGACGACCAUCAUGCUCUUUGUCGUCCUAACGGAUGUAUGCAUAAUGGGAAACAUUAUCCAGAUGGAUCAUUUCGACCCUCAGCCUGUGAACACUGUCAAUGUCGUUCCGGGCGGGUAAGCUGCGCAAUCGCCGAUUGCUUUUUUAGCCCCUGCGUAGAUGCUGUUCACAAACCUGAUGUUUGCUGUCCUGUGUGCCCUAAUGGUCCUAAUUGUUACCAUGGAAAAACAAAGAUCCCAGCUGGAAAGGAUUAUAACGACGGCCAACAGAUAUGCCGCUGUCCGGACCAUUUUCACUUCGGAUCAGGUGGCCAGCAGGCUGUAUGUCGUGUCGUCAUCGACCCUACCACUGCCCAGGCACAUGUUUAAAAGGAAUUCUUAUCGAAUGCUUCUUAUAAAUUUAAGUACACUUGUAGUGAAACCUUUUUAGUAAAAUAUUAAAGUUUCUCAAUUGUUUUAUUCAUU